CAAAAAUGAUAACCCAAAGAAUUUAAAUUUUUUUGUAAUGAGAGGUAGAGGUAGAGUCUAGAGAGAGAGAGAGAGAGAGAGAGAGAGAGAGAGAGAGAGAGAGAGAGAGAGAGAGAGAGAGAGAGAGAGAGAGAGAGAGAGAGAGAGAGAGAGAGAGAGAGAGAGAGAGGCGAGGAGGGGGGGGGGGUAUAGUGGGUCCCCUGCUCCCCUCCCCCAUCGAUUCGCAUCUGUUAAUAUUACUGUACAUAAUUAUGAAAAUCCGUUGAAUCAUUGACGGAUCUAGAGGGAGUCCCAGCCUGUCAUGUCAUAGGGUUUUACUAGCCCGAGUACUCUGAAUGAACUGCUGUCUCGGAUACCAAGAAUACAAAAUGUCGAGUGGGAUGAUUCCCCGAUCUCAGGCGAGAAAAGACACGAAGAUGCGCAUUCGUGCAUUUCCCAUGACAAUGGAUGAGAAAUAUGUAAACAACAUCUGGGCAUUGCUGAAGAAUGCCAUUCAGGAGAUCCAGAAAAAGAACAACAGUGGCUUGAGUUUCGAGGAGCUGUAUCGAAAUGCCUAUACCAUGGUUCUACACAAGCAUGGCGAGAAACUCUACAAUGGUCUGAGUGAGGUGGUCGUAGAACAUUUGGUUAACAAGGUAAGAGAAGAUGUUCUUUCGGCUUUGAACAACAACUUCCUGCAGACACUCAACACGGCCUGGAACGACCACCAGACAUCCAUGGUGAUGAUCCGAGACAUCCUCAUGUACAUGGAUCGUGUGUACGUCCAGCAGAACAGCGUGGACAACGUGUACAAUCUUGGCUUGAUCAUCUUCCGUGACAAGGUCGUCCGGCACCCGGUCAUUAGGGAUCAUCUCAAGACCACCCUGCUCGAGAUGGUCGCCAAAGAAAGGAAGGGAGAAGUCGUUGACAGGGGUGCUGUCAAGAAUGCCUGUCAGAUGCUUAUGAUCCUGGGGAUUGAUUCGCGUGGUGUAUAUGAAGAGGACUUUGAAAAACCAUUCCUCGAGAAGUCGGCCGAAUUCUACCGGUUGGAGAGUCAGAAAUUCCUUGGCGAGAACAGUGCCUCAGUGUACAUAAAGAAAGUCGAGGCGCGGAUCAAUGAGGAAGCCGAGCGUGCGAAACAUUACCUCGACAAGAGUACGGAAGAUCCCAUUGUGAAGGUUUUGGAAGAUGAACUUAUAUGUAAACAUAUGAAGACUAUUGUGGAGAUGGAAAACUCUGGUGUUGUACACAUGCUGGAGAACAACAAAACAGAUGAUCUGGCCUGCAUGUACAAGCUGUUCUACCGAGUGUUUCUUGGUUUGAAGACGAUGUGCGACUGUAUAAGCAAGUAUCUGAGAGAGCAGGGCCGCGCGCUCACAGUCGAAGAUGUAGAGGAGGGCAAAAGUGCCAUUUCAUAUAUUCAGAGUUUGUUGGACCUGAAAGAUCGGUUUGAUCACUUCCUUCACGAAUCAUUCAGCGACGACAAGCAGUUCAAACAGAUGAUCUCGAGUGACUUUGAGUACUUCAUUAACCUGAACACGAAAUCACCCGAGUUUUUAUCAUUAUUUAUUGACGACAAACUGAAGAAAGGUGUCAAGGGGAUGACUGAGCAGGAGAUUGAGAACGUUCUGGACAAGAGCAUGGUGCUGUUCCGCUACCUGCAGGAGAAGGAUGUGUUUGAGCGCUACUACAAGCAGCACCUGGCGCGCAGGCUGCUGCUCAACAAGAGUGUGUCCGAUGACUCGGAGAAAAACAUGAUCUCCAAGCUCAAGACUGAAUGUGGAUGUCAGUUCACGUCCAAGUUGGAGGGGAUGUUUAAAGACAUGACCGUGUCUAACACAAUCAAUGAGGAAUUCAAGUCAUUCGUACCUCAUGCACAGGUAAACCUGUCGGGUGUUGAUCUCACUGUGAGGGUGCUAACCACUGGCUUCUGGCCUACUCAGUCAGCCACGCCGCGGUGCAAUAUUCCACAAGCUCCCAGGACGGCCUUUGAAGCUUUUAGGAGGUUUUAUUUAGCAAAACACAGCGGGCGGCAGUUGACGCUUCAACCUCAACUAGGUUCAGCCGACCUGCACGCCACAUUCUACGGUCCCAAGAAAGAAGACUCAUCUGAGAGUGCCGCUAGUUCUGCGAAGGGUCCCAGAAAACAUAUACUUCAAGUGUCCACCUACCAGAUGUGUAUAUUAAUGUUAUUCAACAACAACUGUAAAAAGUGGACAUACGAGGAAAUUAAAACGGAAACUGACAUCCCUGAAAGGGAGCUAACUCGGGCUCUUCAGUCAUUGGCAGUUGGUAAACUUGCACAGAGAGUGCUACACAAAGAACCAAAAACUAAAGAUAUUGAACCUGCACACGUUUUUACAGUUAAUGAUCAGUUUUCGUCCAAGCUUUUCAGGGUUAAAAUUCAAAUGGUUGCUGCAAACAAAGGUGAAGCUGAACCUGAGAGGAAAGAAACGAGAACUAAAGUAGAUGAAGACAGAAAACACGAAAUAGAAGCAGCACUCGUGAGAAUAAUGAAGGCCAGGAAGAAGUUACAACACAAUGUCUUGGUAGCAGAGUGUACGGAGAUGUUGAAACCUCGCUUUCUGCCGAGCCCUGUGGUCAUAAAGAAGAGGAUAGAAGGCUUGAUAGAGAGGGAAUACUUGGCACGGUCACCAGAAGACAGGAAAGUCUACACAUAUGUAGCGUGAAGACGAAAAACUACUGUGAUCUGGAUUUUGACUUGUUAUUUGUUCUCGUUUUCCGACGACUUGAGGAACGUGUGUAUAAAAUAAACAUAAACAACUUCUCUGCUUUGCCCUGUAUAUUUGUCAGCAUAUAUGGAUAUCAAGAGAGAGAAAGGAAGAAAGAACAGAAAAAAGAAGAUAAAAAAAAAAAAAUUAUAUAUAAAGACUUGAAAGUAAUUCAAAGAAGGUCUCCAUUCUUUGCAUUUUUGUUUGAAUAAUGCAGAAUUCCUCCACAUUGAACACGCUGGUGCCAGUGGGGAUGGAUCCCGAAUGUUGUUCAGUAUUGUUUUGUGUACAGGUCGUUUGUUCUGUGUCCGAGCUGUUCUCUUAUGACUUCGUCUAGGAUUUGUAGUGUGUACAACAGCGACAACAAACCAUAAAAAGAGUUGUUGUAACACUUGGGCCAGAAAGUUACCGUGUUGAAACAUCAUUUAGGCGGGAACAUUACAGUGUGGUAACAUUUCUAUGCCGCAAUGCACCACAAUGCACCACAGGGCCUCAGUGUUGUAUCACUAUAGGUCUGAAAAGUUCCAGUGUUUUGAUACUUUUAGGCGAUGAGGUUACACUCUCUAACUAUAGACCAGAAGGUUAUUUUUUGUAAUCUUAUAGGCCAAAAAGGUUACACUGUUGUAACUUUAUUGGUAUGAAAAUUACACUUACGUAACUGUAGCCCAAAUUAUUACAGUCUUGUAAGUUUAUAGGCCUGACGGGUACAGUCAUUUUUAUAGCUCUGUAGGUCUAAUGGUUUCUUGUGACCUAUGAACUGCGGUUACAGGUUUGAAGGACAUCAGGAAAUUGAAAUAACAUCCUAGCGGUACACUUUGCACAUGCAUAAAGUGUGUUCUUCUGGUGAGGAAUGUUUGCUGAAAUUUGAUUGGAUGUGGAAGAAUCGAGGUCAAAAGUCUACUGCACUAGAAGUUAUUUACUGAAAUUGAAGAUAACGUCAUUUUGGUUCACAUGUAAAAAUGUUUAAUUUGCUCUCAACCGACAAACAGAAAAACAAAAACAAUCUGUGAUCGUUUAAUGCUUGCACAGUCAUAUAUAUAUAAAUAUAUAUAUAUAUAUCUAUAAAUAUAUAAAAACUUAUGUUGAUUGUAAUAUUUUACAAGACGUUUACAGAGCAUGUAAACAUGCUCAGGUCAGAUAAAAUGUCUUGUCUCCCUUUUUGAUUUUGGUACGGGAAUAUGUGGGACAAGUGAGUAAAUCCAAUAUUUAUAUUGUUCACAUGAUGAGACAAAUGUUUUUUUUGUUUUUGUUUUUUUUUCUAUUUUGUGUGGAUUAAUAUUUUAUUUGGUCAGCAGUUAUUUAAUAUGAAAAUGUCAUGGUUGUUGGUGACUGUUUGUUUUCUUCAUGUUAUCCAAUACAUCGAUGUAUUCAAUUUAAAGGGGCCAUAUCAAAGUUGCAUAAUGGCCUGCAAUUAUUUAUUAAUGAUUGUAUGCAGAGGGAAAGAAAUAUGGGAACUCCUGGUAUUUGAGAGGAAAUUAAGUAUUAGCGUAAUUAUGCCUGUAUUAAAAUACAAAAAUGUAAAUAAUGUAGGACUGAAUGUCAGUAAAACAGUUAAUUUCCUGAUGAUGGAUUUGGUAACUAGUUUUGUGUUUUCUUAUUUCUUUUCAUCAGUACACGAAAAUGUGAAGAUAAUAUUUUAAAUAUCAGGUCCAUAAAAAUUGCAACCAAAUUUACUAGCAGGAAUAAAAAAGAAGAGAAAUCACAAUUAUUGCAUACAGGUUUUCCUCCAUAGUUCCUUGAGAAUCACGACAUAUUGCUGUUUUCAUAGAUAAUACGACAUUAGUGUUUGUUUUUAUCCAGAAUUUUUGGUGAAGCCAUUUCAUAUGCCAAGCAGCAACACAUUACAAUUGUUGAUAUUCUCAAGUUAAAUAUAACAAUAUAUAUGUAGGAUAGAUUAAUCUGUAGUUAAUUAUUGUAAAGAAAAACAUGUUUAAAAUAUAGCAAAAUACGGCAUGUGCCGCAAUGAUAUUGGACCUUUAAGAGGUUUAUGUUUGAGAUUUUUAUGUUACUAAUUUGUAAUUAUUUAUCCCAAAAGAAAAAAUUAAAAUAGCAAAAUAUUGCACUUACAAUGGUGAUAUUGCACUUACAAUGGUGAUAUUGCACAUUUUAACAGGUUUAUGUUUCAGAUAGUUGCUGUCUUUUUUUAAAAAAUCUGUUUGCAUUGCUUUAACGACAAAAAGUUUAAUUUGCAAACUUAGGUUUGAUGUUUUUUUAAUUAGCAGUGCUUGUAAUGACUUACUAUAAAUGUGACAGAUUUUAAUAAGCUUAGAUUGAUCUUGAAGAAGUAGACUACUAAUAUUUGGUAAAGGAUUUCCAGGAAUGACUUUGAAAUUUAGAAUCUAAUAUUUUUUAUUUAUAACUGUAUUUGGGUGUUCUGUGCAGUAAAGCCUAGCAUAAAAUCAUUGCAAAUGAUUAUAAAUUAAAAUUAAUUGAUUUUAAUUUAUAAAUUGCCUUUUUGCAUGUUUAAAACAUUAAAGGAUACAUUUUAUGCAGUUUCGGAAAUGUAAACAAUUUACAUUUGAUUAAAAUGUAACACACAUGAUAAAGGGAAUAGUGUGAGUGAAAUACAGUGUAUUAAAAAGAGAUCCCAGUAACUUAAAGGGACAGUCCUGAGUGUACAAUCAUUGUAAAAUGCUUCCGACCAAUAGAGCCUUCUCGAUGACGUAACAUACAUUUUCUUAUUUAAAAUAUCAGUGUCUGUAUUUACAAGAUGUUUGUUGUUGUCCUAAUGCUUGUAGUAGCCCAAACCAGAUUUUACUUCCCAAUAAUUUUAUAUGUACGAAAAAAUAUAUAUCACAAAUUAAAGUAAAAACGGAUUGCUGCAAACAGUAGUAUAGGCCCGCACACACAUUUGAUAAACAGACACUGGUAUUCUAAACAAGAAUAUGUAUUUAGUAUGAACAAGGCUCGCAAUCAUCGUACAAUGGCUACAAACUCAGGACAGUCCCUUUAAUAAAUGAAGUUUAAUGUUUAAGUAGGUCAAGUGUGAAGCUGCUUUUAGAAAUUACUAUGCCAAGAGAAAAAAAGAAGGUUUUCUGUAUUUGCUUGGUUUUUAGAUUCGUAUUAUUUUGAUUUAAAAACACAUACUUUCACUACUAUAUAGAUCUGUAUGGAUUUAAGACAUGCCAAAGGGAGUUAAUGCAGAUAUAUAACAAGGAAUUUAGGUUUGUAAUAGGGAUUUAUGGUACUGGUAUUUAAUAUGGAUUAAAACAUGCAGUAUGGGC